CAUGGAGUCUUAGCUUUAUAGUCCGUUCUUUUAGCUGAAACACCGCGAAUAACGACGUAUAUGUGUUGGGUCUAUAAGUCGAGUGAGAACAAAUAUAAUUAUCUCACUCUAACUUAUUAUUAUUACUCCAAUUCAGUGCAUUUAAAAAGACCAGUUUAUGUUAAACUUCCUACAGACAUUCUACAAAUGGCGGAUGCUCUUUUGGCGCGUUCAUGUCAUCUUUAUUUUAUUCCAUUUAAUUUUUCGUGGUUACAAUUCCAUGACGUCGGUUGAAGGUCAGUUUACGAAAUGCACAUCAACAUUAUAACUAAAACUCUUAGCAAUGUCGUCCCAGAGGAGCAAGUCAGCAGAAAGCGACGUCGGAAUAAAAAUUCACGAUACAUUAAUGGCUAUCAACGAUAUUACUCUGAAGAUAAAGAAGGAGCUGGAAUUGAUCGAGGAACUUGUGAAAGAAAAUGGGCACUUGUAUACUGCAAUUACUACAGCUAAUGAAACAUUAUCUUGGAAGGUUCAAAAAAUGGGAUUAAAUGUGGAACAUAUUAUGAAUGAGGUCAAAAGCAAAGACAGAUUGGAACCGAAUAUUUUAGGUACGAUUACUUCGUCUGAAAUUACAGAGCGGUUGUUGAGUCAAAUGGAUAUCUUAGAUAUAGAAUGAUUUUUGCUUAAUUAAUAUAUUUUUUCUGAACUUCUACAUAAAAGUUAUAAAAUUCUUCAGACCAAUAUAUACAUUGUACAAAAGAAUGAUCUUUCUAAAUUUCCCUGAUAUUAUUUUACGUAUAUAUUUAAUUUUUGAUUAGCAGUUUGCAAAAUAUUAAAUUAUCAAAAUAGUAAAUAAUAUUAUGGCUA